AUGGCUGCCGUGGCUUACUUCAGACUCGAGUUGCAAGCAGCAGUACUAGGCGCGCGACUGAGCAAGGCGAUCAUCCGAUCACACCGUCUGGAGAUUCAUCGCACCACGUAUUGGACGGACUCAAAAAACGUUGUCAGCUGGCUAAAUUCCGAUCACCGACGCUAUCAUCAAUUUGUCGCCUUUCGGAUCGGAGAGUUGCUUGAGACGACAGACGUGCAACAAUGGCGAUGGCUACCGACGAAGUACAAUGUAGCGGAUGAUGGAACCAAGUGGGUGAAAACCCCCGAUCUGUCACCCGGCAGCCGUUGGUUUCGAGGUCCUUCUUUCCUGUGGGAACCUGAGUGCGAGUGGCCCGCGGCGGUGGAACCUGUUCACGACACAACUGAAGAGCUUCGGGUAAGCGCGUGCCACCAUCAAACUGUCGACAAGGGUGUCGAAGCAGGUGGGUUCAUCCAGUUUGAGCGAUUCAGCAAGUGGAGAAGGCUUUUACGAGCCGUUGCACAUGCUAUCCGCUUCAUUUCUAACGUCCAGAACAGCAUCCGUGGAACAACGAAACAACUGGGACCCCUGACGCAACCAGAACUGGCCGAAGCAGAACUGAUUGUGAUCAGAUCGAUCCAGCAGGAGAGCUACCCCGAAGAGAUCCGAUGCCUGCGACAAGACGAAAGGAAACACCCGUGGCAGACAGGCAUCAAGAAAGAGAGUCCACUGUUUAAGCUAUCACCCGUCCUUGACGAUAGCGGCGUAAUAGUGAUGGGUGGACGACGCGUCGAAAAAAGAUGGGGUGUCAUCUUCACGUGCCUCACCGUUCGAGCGGUGCACCUAGAGGUAGCGCACACCCUUAGUACCGGAUCGUGUAUCGCUGCUGUUCGCCGAUUCAUCGCCCGGCGCGGCGUUCCCCGCGAGAUCAUCAGCGAUUGCGGGACGAACUUCGUGGGAACAGCACGAGAGCUACGGGACGCGAUUGCCGGUGUGGACCACGAGGCGCUCAUGACAGAGUUCUGCAGUCCGGAACUGAAGUGGACGUUCAAUCCACCGGGAGCACCACACUUCGGAGGCUGCUGGGAGCGUUUGGUGCGAUCGGUGAAGAAGGUGCUUGGACAUCUUAACCUUCCCCGCCGACCGACUGACGAGGUGCUCGAGACUGCGCUGGCUGAGAUCGAGCUGAUCCUAAACUCCCGGCCUCUUACGUACGUUCCGGUAGAUGACGCAACGCAGCAGCCUCUUACGCCAAACCAGAUCCUGCUUGGAACAGCAGACGGAAGCAAGCCACCUGUGGCUUACAGCAGCGGCAGCGAUGCGGUCAACUCGUCCUGGAAAGCAGCACAGCAUAUUGCGGAUCUGUUCUGGAAAGCGUGGGUACGAGAUUAUUUGCCGGUGCUUGGGAAACGAACGAAAUGGUUCGAAGCGGCGGAACCGUUAGGAGUAGGAGAUCUCGUUCUAAUAGUGGAUGAGAACUUACCGCGCAACUGCUGGCCUAAGGGUUUGAUCGAGGAAGCGAUUAAAGGAAAGGACGGCCAGACUGGCAUGGAGUAA